UUUCUCGGCCUUUCUUCCGCCCGAUCUCGCGGAUUAAAUUGCGCACCGUUUUGGCAAGACUUUUCGUAAUCCGUUUAUUGCUGUACAAAUUGGGAUAAAUCAGCCUUCACAAACGCCAAAAUGCUCGCUACAGUGCGUAAACAGCUUAGAAGUCACCCAGCUCUGAUCCCCCUUUUCUUCUUCAUCGGUGGAGGGGCAGCCAUGUCCAUGAUGUACCUUGCUCGUCUGGGCUUGAGAAACCCUGAUGUCUGCUGGGAUCGCAAGAAUAACCCAGAGCCCUGGAACAAGAUGGCCCCAACUGAUCAGUACAAGUUUUACACAGUUAACAUGGACUACAGCAAGCUGAAGAAGCAGGGCCCAGACUUCUAGAGAUCACAUCUGCUGGACCAAAAGCACAAAGAUGAGCUGAUCCGCACAGCCGCAUUUUGAACUUCCUCCGGGAACCUUGAGGGAUGCAGAGGCUAAACCCGCACAAUGAUUCAUAUUUAAAUUUCCUCAUUACAUCCCAUUGGCUUUAUUUCUCAUUUUCAAUGGUUGUCAAUAAAGUAAAGGAGUCUUUUCUCCUCCAUACAGAGAAAAGAA